AGUCUUGUUUUUCGUCUCGCAUAUUCUACUUCGUAAAACGUCGUCAUGCUAUCAUCAGCCGCUAAUUUCACGGCGAAAUCAGGAAUCCUGGUUUCCACGUUAACUGAGGAAAUUCAUGUCUGUGCAAAUGCCGACGAGGACCUCAGGUUAUCGGUCACUUUUCUUCUAUUGGUCGCGCUCUCUAUCACAAUUUUUUACUACGCUGCCAAGCGCAGCUUCCUCGGUGUCUCCAUUCACCGCAAGUCGCCUAUUUUUGCCUGCUCCGUUCAUCGUGAUAAUGGCAAUUGUUCUGUCGUUUCCCCAAAGAAGCUUUGCGUCUCUCCAAACUUCCAACAGAAUGCCAAUGGAAAACCUGGAAUACAGGAUGCUGACAAAUCUAAGGCAGUGAAGAAAAUCGACCUCAAGGAAAAUACCUUCAAUCCAGAACUGGAACCUCUGCUUAGAGAUAAUCCUCAGAGAUUCGUCAUAUUCCCGAUCCAAUGGCCGGACAUUUGGAAAAUGUAUAAGAAGGCAGAAGCAUCCUUUUGGACAGUCGAAGAAGUCGAUUUAUCCAAGGAUAUGUCGGACUGGAAGGAUCUGAAGGACAGCGAGCGUCAUUUCAUAUCUCACGUCCUGGCAUUUUUCGCAGCAUCGGAUGGAAUCGUUAACGAAAAUCUGGUGGAGCGUUUCAGUCAGGAAGUGACAGUAACGGAAGCCAGAUGCUUUUACGGCUUUCAAAUAGCCAUGGAAAAUGUUCACUCGGAAAUGUACUCGCUGCUCAUCGACACUUACGUCAGUGACGCAAAGCAGAGAAACUUCCUAUUCAACGCCAUUGAAAACCUUCCCUGUGUCGCUAAGAAGGCGAACUGGGCGCUGAACUGGAUAAACAACGACAGUGCGAACUUUGGCGAGCGAGUCGUGGCCUUCGCAGCGGUCGAAGGGAUCUUCUUCAGCGGAAGUUUCGCCUCCAUAUUCUGGCUCAAAAAGCGUGGAUUGAUGCCAGGUCUGACCUUCAGCAACGAGCUCAUCUCCAGGGACGAGGGAUUGCACUGCGACUUUGCUUGUCUUAUGUUCAAACACAUCGUCCAAAAACCAUCUCAACAACGAGUCACCUCCAUCAUUAGAGACGCCGUUGUUAUCGAACAGGAAUUCUUGACAGACGCUCUUCCCGUUGCUAUGCUAGGAAUGAACUGCGAGCUCAUGUGUCGCUACAUCGAAUUCGUAGCUGACAGACUCCUCGUCGAACUCGGCUGCCCAAAGAUAUACAACUCCGAGAAUCCGUUCGAUUUCAUGGAAAACAUAUCGCUAGAAGGAAAGACUAAUUUCUUUGAGAAGAAGGUAGGAGAGUACCAAAAAUGGGGUGUAAUGAGAGAGAAAAACGAGAGUGAGUUCACAAUAGAUGCAGAUUUCUAAA